AUGUACCAAAAACUUUUCUAUUCUCUCGUGGUGUUCUUAUCCAUUUCUGUGUGUUAUGGUGGAAAUCCAACUGCCGAUCCAAACUGUGCCAUCAAUGCAGUUGAUGCCUCUCUUCUCGACAGUCUCACUUUGGGUGCUGGUGGAGAAUUCGAAUUUCCAGAUCCUCCACCACCGUACCUCCGUACCAAAAGACCAACAACUCCUCAUCAUACAUCCCCUGGGCUAUCGUCUCCAGCUAAUCCAUCCGCUACUAUCGUGACUGAUGCACCACCGACUUCUGAUCCGACUGUCGUUCCUGGAGACUCUACCUUCCCACCAGCCUCCCCCGGUACCGGGCAACCCCCUGAACCAUCUACGCCAGGCAAUAACCAAGAUGACCCAUCGACCAUCUCGCCUGGACACACAGACGCUGAAUCUGACUCUCCUUCUUCAACUCCAUCCCCUGUCACCUCCACUCCCAGCUCCUGCAACGGACCUCUUUGCUCUAUUCAGCAAAGUCUCGAUCAACUCGUUGCACAGAUCCUCGCAUAUCUUCAGGAACUGUUCGGGAACUUGUUGGCAGCAUUUGGAAUCAACUUGAAUAAUAUUGGCUGA